AAGAAAUUAUUUUAAAUAUAGAUCUAGACUAGAUCCAGUUCAAAUUGUUUUGUUUAUUUGCUCCACAUUUUAACUAAAAACAAAAAUGGCUGCAGCCGUAAAGGUUCAAGAUUCACCAAAUGAUUUGACCUUUGAAGACUUGGUCACCACUAUACAGUGUCAUCCUACUAAAAAUAUUAUUGCAUCUGGACUAAUUGGGGGAGAUAUAUUAUUGCAUGAAUUCAGCAACACAGAGGGUAAUAAGGAAUUGCAUAAGUUUGUUCAGCAUAAAAAAGCUUGUAGGGCCCUCAGGUUUUCAGAAGAUGGGAGGUGUCUGUUUUCAGUGUCCAAAGAUAAAUCUCUCUAUUGUGUUGAUGUUGAAACAAGAAAGUUAAAGAAAAAGAUUAAGAAAGCCCAUGAAUCACCAAUAUAUAGUAUGGUGCUGACAGGUGAUUCAUUUGUUGCUACUGGUGAUGAUGAUGGUGUUCUAAAAGUUUGGGAUAUGAGGACAAAAACGUGCACAAUGGAGAUGAAGGAAUGUGAAGAUUUUAUCAGUGAUAUGAUUGUAGAUGAUGACAAAAAGUUUUUAAUAGCUGCCAGUGGUGAAGGCACAUUGACAUCUUUCAACAUAAGAAGAAAGAGGAUGGAAAAUCAGUCAGAAUUGUUUGAUUCUGAGCUUCUGUGUCUGGCCAAGAUGAAGGGUGGAAGAAAACUUGUGUGUGGCACAGGAGAAGGUGUUCUAAAUAUUUUCAACUGGAAUGAAUGGGGCAAUAUAAGUGACAGAUUUCCAUGUGGUGAUACUCAGAUAGACAGUGUUGUUCCUGUGACAGAAAAUGUUUUAUGUAUAGGAACUAAUGAUGGACAUAUUAGAGCUGUUCAUGUGUUGCCCAACAGAGUUUUGGGUCUAGUGGGAGAUCACCCAGGAGAUUUUCCCAUAGAGAAGCUGAGCCUGACUGCUGACACAAGUUGUAUUGCCAGUUGUUCACAUGACCAAAGAGUCAAAUUUUGGAACAUUGAAGAACUUAAAAGCCAAACUGUUGACACAAGCAAGCAAGCAACCAAAAAGGCCAAAAAAUUGGUCAAGUUUAGUAAAGCUAAGGCAAAUGACUUUUUUUCUGGCUUAGUUGAUACUACUGCUGAAAAUAAUGAAGCAAGUGGCAGUAAUAAUUCCGACAGUGAAAGUGAUGAUUCAGAUUAAAGAUGUAAUUUAUUU